CAGCCUAUUCAUUGUGCAAACCUCGUGAAGACCACUUUGGCGUCACCGUGUCCAGCUAGCUUUCCCGCUCCACGAGAAGCGCGCGGGACAGUUGCUCGGCAACUCUGACGCAAGCUUGACGUUAAUUAAGUGUGUUUUAGUUCAUUAUGGCAGGAGAAGAUUUCCAGCCGAGUUUGAGUUACAGAGGUUGUGUGGAUUAUUACAUACCAGAUUUAUCCCCCGUUAACAAAAUAUGAGGAACAAAUCGUCUGUGCGCAGUUCUUAGGAAAGUAGCCUGGGUGCGCGCACUGUUCUACAACGGUCGAGGAUUCAAACAGCAUAGGUGGAUGUAUUGAACUGUAGAUUUUCUGUGAAGGUUUAUCCAGUCACUGGGUGCCUCUGCACCAUGGUGGUUUUAUCCGAUGGCUCUCCCCUGAGCCAGCCAUGCCCCGGGGGACCGGUUCAGGUCGGUUUCUACGAGAUCAUCAGGACGCUGGGGAAGGGAAACUUCGCUGUAGUUAAACUGGCUUGUCACAAAGUCACAAAAACCCAGGUGGCCAUUAAAAUCAUUGAUAAGAAGAGACUGGAGCCCUCUGACCUGAAGAAGAUCUACAGAGAGGUCGAGGUGAUGAAGCUCCUCAACCAUCCACACAUUAUCAAGCUCUAUCAGGUCAUGGAAACUAAGGACAUGUUGUACAUGGUGAUGGAGUAUGCCAGGAACGGAGAGAUGUUUGACUACCUGUUGUCGUUGGGGCGGCUGAGUGAGAGUGAGGCUCGCAGGAAGUUCUGUCAGAUCCUGUCAGCGGUGGACUACUGCCACAGCAACCACAUCGUCCACAGAGACCUGAAGGCUGAGAACCUUCUGCUGGACUCCAACAUGGACAUCAAAGUAGCAGACUUUGGUUUUGGGAACUUCUUCAGUGAAGGACAAUUUCUGUCCACCUGGUGUGGGUCCCCUCCCUACGCCGCUCCAGAGGUGUUUGAGGGGAUUGAGUACGAGGGGCCUCCUCUAGACAUCUGGAGUCUGGGCGUGGUGCUGUACGUGUUGGUGUGUGGCGUCCUGCCCUUUGACGGCCCCUCGCUCCCCGCGCUCAGACAGAGGGUCCGGGAGGGCCGCUUCAGAAUCCCCUUCUACAUGUCCCAAGACUGUGAGAACCUGGUGCGGAGGAUGUUAGUAAUUGAACCGGCCAAACGGAUCACGGUGGCCCGGAUCAAGAAGCACCGCUGGAUGAAGUCGGACCCCCCGGCCACGGCAGCCCCUCCAGAGACGCCGCAGCCGACCCCUGCCCCUGAUGCAGAGCCCCGUCUGGGGGAGAAUUACAGCGAGCCGGUCCUUGGCCUCAUGCAGACCCUGGGCAUCGACCGGCAGAGGACCAUUGAGUCUCUUCAGAGCAGCAGCUACAACCACUUCUCUGCUAUCUACCGUCUCAUGCUGGAGAAGGUGAAAGAGCUCCGCUCCCUCAGACUGCCCCACAGCACCGAAAAGGUGACCCCCAACCCUGACCACGACACUCUGCUACCAACCUGCAUUAGUGAUCAGGAUCACCAUGGAAACCAGGGGGAGGAGCCACAGGAAGAGGGGCUACAAGAGGAGGGAGGGGCAGCACCCUUCUCCUUAGACCUCUCCCACAGACACACUCUGGCCGAGGUCUCUGCCAGCCUCCAGCAGUGCAGCCCAUCUUGUGUUGUGGUAAACUCAUCCGACCAAGCUUCCUCAGAUAGUUUCUCCUCUUCCUCCUCUUCCUUCUCCGCCAGUCCCAGCCUGUCCAGCCCUAUUGAGGACCCCUAUAUGUUACUUGUCACUCCUGUGGUUGGCCCUGGGACUUAUAGCCCCACAGAGUCCCCCCUGGCCCUGUCCUCUACCGUGCCCAGCACUGUUGACGGCCCCUAUCAGUUAUUGGUCACUACCGGUCAUCUGGCCCUGUCGUCCACCCUGCAGCCCCCUCCCCAGGACAGCCUCCCCGUACCCAGCUUCCAGGAGGGCCGCCGAGCCUCCGACAUGGACACCGGCGCUCUAACUCAAGGUCUGAGGGUGUUCCGCCAGCAGUUGAGGAGGGAGGCCAGCGCCAAGGGCCUGUUGGGACUGAACAAGAUGAAGAGCCCCGGGGUCCGGCACGGGUGGUCCCCCCCAGCCUCUGGCCCUGCACCCUGCCCCACUGCCUGGGGGGGGCGAGACCUGUCCCACUGUGUCCCCACCACACCACUGUCAGAGGAGGGCUUCCAGCAGCAGAAAGUGAUCCAGAUUCCACUGUGCCAAUUCCACCCGACCACACCUCUUCCUCCCCGCCACCCCACGUCUUCCUCCCCGCCACCACACCUCUUCCUGUCUCCUCCCGUCCCUCCUAACGUCCCCGCUCCUCCUCGUCCUCCCAUUGGUCUGUUCUCCACACACACACUGUCACAUGACUUCCUCACACCCUCCCUUCAACAGAACCACUCACCACACCCACAACUACACCCACACCUACAACUACACCCACAGCCACAACUACACCCACAGCCACAACUACACCCACAGCCACAACUACUCCCACAACCACAACUACACCCACAACUACACCCACAGCUACACUCACAGCCACAACUACACCCACAACUACAGCCACACCCACAGCUACACUCACAGCUACACCCACCGCCACAACUACAACCACAACUACAACCACACUCACAGCUACACUCACAGCUACACCAAAAGACACACCCACAACCACAAUCCUACCUAUCUCUAUGCUCAGAGCAACCGCUAGACUUAUCCCCUUCUUCCUCCUCUUCCGCCUUCUCUUCUUCAGCUAUGGUGGCGUCGGCUGGCCACCUCUUGGAGACCCAUCUCCAUAUCAGCUCUCCUCGGGUUGAGAACCACACCCCGCCCUUCUCUGAUGCUCCUCACCUCCCUGUUCAGCCCCAGUUCCCCCACCCGAAACCCCAGUCUCAGCCUAAACUACUACACCCCCACCCAGACCCCCAGUCUCAACUACUGCACCCCCACCCAGACCCCCAGUCUCAGCUACUGCACCCCCACAACCACCCAGACCCCCAGUCUCAGCUACUGCAUCGCUACCCCCACAACUACCCAGACCCCCAGUCUCAGCCUCAGUUACUGUAUUCCCACUCUGACCCCCAGCCUCAGCCAAGGCCCUGGGCCAACCACCGCCUCUAUACCCACUCCCAGACCUCCAGGCGGCCCCAGCUCCAGCGCCAGCCACGUCUGCCUCCAUGCCCAGUAGAGAGAAUGGAUCCUGGGUACACACCGUAGGAAACACCCAGGACUACGGGCCUAGCAGCUGUUGGACAGCAACGGUCUCAAGGCUAACAUUAGGACUCAGAGAGAGUGACUGGAGAAGUGGAACUGGGCCUCAGACUAAUGUCCCCAAUGACUCAAUGCCACGAUGCUCUGGCAACAGUGGACGUUAAUAAAGAAGGAUGACAUCAGUGGGACCUACUUAGGAUGGACUGUGAGUCCAAUGGUGGAAUGAGCUUCCCCUAAAGCUAGGACAGCAGAGUCCCUGCCCAUCUUCCGAAAACAACGGAAACUCUACCUCUUCAAACAGUAUCUUAAAUAAGACAUUGCACUUCUCUUUUCCUACUAGCACUGGCUUAGCUGAUAACUCCUCUAUAUUGUGGAAAAAUGUACUUACUUCAACUGUGAUAUGUGGUUGUCUCGCCUGCUAUCUUAAUAUGAAUGCACUUUGGAUAAAAGUGUCUGCUAAAUGACUCUAAAAAAUAUUUUUAUAAUGUAAUGCUGAUCAUGGGCAAACUGUCAUGUCUGUUGUUGUGUGAACUGAAAAUACCAAUAAUUGACCUACUGUGGAGACAGCAGUCUAGUCCUUUCCAGGAAGCACAACUCCCAUUAUUCUCCUAUUAUCCUAUUACAAACUAGGUUAAGUGGUAGUUGUUGUCUCCCUGUCGUCUUCCAUAAACUGUCUUUGAUUCAGUGCAGUUGACAUGAGGAAGACGACUUAAAAUGAGUGUUUUCUCAUGCAGUUUGCAUUCAGACCCGCCUUGUGCCUUUUGAACAAACAAGAUGACUGUUGUAUUGAGUGGACCAGACUCAACAAACCUCUCUGUAAUACGUUUUUCGUAUUUGUCAAACAUUGUAAAUUGAGUUUUGUAGUUGAUUACUUUUUCAUACGUUGUUGGAUAAUUUUUUAACAAAGGAAUGAAAAAAGCCA